ACAGUGCCUUCAGGCAGUCGCCACAGCCUCAGGACUGGCACAUUCACUUGAGCUGCCUGAGUGGAGCCUUUGGGCAAAGUUGGCAAGACUCUUGCAUCAGAGAGGAUCAAACACACAAAAGAAAGUUUUCCCUGAUCUGGGGGCUCACAGGCUAGUGAAGGGAAAAGGUACUUUUAGGUAUAGACAGGUCAGUGGUGUUGAGAGCAGAGAGGAGGCCCCUGCCCCCUUCAGCAAGGGGAGGGGGUGAUACCUGGAAUGACCUGAACCAAAGGGCAGGGAGAUGAAUGUCAUUUAGUGAUGAAAUGGUAUGGCUGGGAAGCAGGUGCAUGGGACUGGGAGAAGCGGUGAGGCUGGACCCAGAGUCUGGGUACCAGGUUAAGGAAUGUGGGCUAGAUCCAGAGGGCAGGGGGUGGGGGUGGCAACUGAAGGUGUUUCAGUAGGAAAUUGAUAGGCUCCAGGAGUAAAGUAAAAGGCAUGGAGCCAGGCAUAGGCCAGUUGAGGCCCAGGUUAAGAGGGGUGGACACUCAUCACUGCUAUUUGGGUCUGCUAUGGGUAGGCUCCUAUAGCCCUGGCCUGCCCAAAGGAAUGCACAGGGGCCUCUUAAUUGUAUGCAUUCCUUAAGGAGAGCACAUUCUCUGUUCAGUUUUUACACCCUUCAUUUACCCACCUCAAGCCUGGGACUCCAAUAUGGGAGAUAUUCUGCUGGUGGCCUCAUCCAGCACCCUGUUCUCUCUGGGUCCUGGGUUGGUUUGGCACAAAGGAUGAUAUGUGCUGAAUGCCCAGGAAAUGGCAGAGACAACCCACGUGCCCUUCCCUCCAGGCGCCCAUAAAUAGAUGUGUCCACACUGGCUGUGACAGUCCCAGCAGGGCCUCUGACCCUUCUAGCUGGGUCCUGAUACAUGUUUUCUGUGCUAGCCAUGUUGUUUCCAGUCGCAGAUCCUCUGGAGGGUUAGGCGGGUGCCGCCCCAACUCUUGGAGAUUCCAAGCAAAGCAGCUCUGAUAAGGAGGUUUCUGACCCCCCAGUGAAGCAGCUGAGGAUGGGAACCACAGGGGUGCUCCCUCUGUCAGCAGCAUUACCAUUACCAUUACUCCAGCAGCUCCGGUGGGGAAGGAGAGGGAUUUCCGUUGUCCCCAGUCUGGCCCCCUGGUUAUUGAAAAAGUUCAGAAUUACUCUCUCCCCUUGUGGAGUGGUCUGAGUGUUAGAAGUACCCAGGAAGAAGCCCUGGGCAGGUGCCCUCAGGAGCAGGUGCCCUCAGGAGCAGUGCCCAUGGCUCCCCACAUUGGCCAAAGGCCCAACCCCGGGAAGCCCCUCCUGCCCGGGGAUGGGGAAGGUGGGCUGGGUGGCUGUGUGCACUGCCCUGGGCCAGCUCACUUGAGCCUGCUGAGCCGCCUAGCCAAACAUGAGCCUCUCCUGUUGUAUCAGAUGCUGCUCUGGGGACCUGUGCCAGGAGCCUCUGCCAGGGCUUUAAAUAGCUGCCCCCAUUGAUCUGGCUGCAGGCAGCAGAAGCCACACUGGGUCAGCCUCCAUCAAGCGCUCAGGUUUCCCUGAGGACUGGAGUCAAGUGCCAGGGAAUGGCGUGGUCUUCCCUAUGACCUGGUGCUCCCCACACCUGUCUCCAGGGCCUGGGGGGUGGGGAGGACUCUUGUCACUUCAUCUGCAGCAAAAUACAGCCCCCACCACCUACCAGAGAAAACUGUCUGGCAUUGUAGGGAAAGGGGGUUUGCCUUCAAAAGACUGUUGCUUACUUUCAGUAGAAUGGGGAAUGACACUGGUAUCUUCCUUAAGGGUUGUUAUAGGGAUGAAAUGUACGUAAAGUGCUCAACAGGGCACUGGACUCACUCCAUUGAUGGCUGUCUUUGCUCAAAGUGUCUUCUUGAUGCUGCUGCUGUUGCUGCUUGUGCUUUUUCUAUGCUUACGUUCUCUCUCUCUCGUUCUCUCUCUCUCUCUCUCUCUUCUCUCCUCUCCCCCGCCCCACCCACUUUCUGACACAGCCACCACCAUUUUGUAAGGAACUGUAGCUUCUCUCUGAAACUGCCGGGAAAGGGAAAAUCUUUUUAAAAUAGCCAUCACACAACUAACAGGGUCCCCUAGGUUCAGGCGGGGAGGUGAGGUCGAGUGAGAGGAACGGCUUAGCAGACGCGGGGAUGCUCCUCCCUUCUCACCCCUCCGAGCUAAGGAGAAGGUCACUUUCUCUUUAAAUGCAAAUGAACUCCCUCCAGCUUAGCUUUCACCCGGUGGUGUUCCCGGGAGGAGAGGGCGGAGGGCGGAGGGACCUUGCAUCGAAGCAUCCUCGAGACCCCAAACCUCCAGGCCUGAGGCCGAGCCAGCGCCCAAUGGAUGACAAAAAGAAGAAACGGAGUCCCAAGCCCUGCCUGGCCCAGCCAGCCCAGGCCCCAGGCACACUACGCAGGGUCCCUGUGCCUACCAGCCACAGCGGCUCCUUGGCCCUAGGACUUCCUCAUCUGCCAUCCCCCAAGCAGCGGGCCAAGUUCAAGAGAGUAGGCAAGGAGAAGUGCCGCCCAGUCCUGGCUGGAGGUGGAAGCGGCUCUGCAGGCACGCCCCUGCAGCACUCCUUCCUGACUGAGGUGACCGAUGUCUAUGAGAUGGAGGGAGGACUCCUGAACCUGCUCAAUGAUUUCCACUCGGGCCGGCUGCAGGCCUUCGGGAAGGAAUGCUCCUUUGAGCAGCUGGAGCACGUUCGGGAGAUGCAGGAGAAGCUGGCCCGGCUGCACUUCAGCCUGGAUGUGUGUGGGGAGGAGGAGGACGAUGAAGAGGAAGAGGAUGGGGUCACUGAGGGGCUGCCAGAGGAGCAGAAGAAGACAAUGGCUGACCGUAACCUGGACCAGCUGCUUAGCAAUCUGGAAGACCUAAGUAAUUCGAUGUAUCCUUUCCAAGGAACCCGUCUGUGUGUGUGUGUUCCUGAGAGGUCAGUUUCCUCCUCCCCAGCCCUCCAGUAUUCACACAUAACCAACUUCCCCACCUCUUGCAGUCCUGUCAGAUUUAGCCACAGACUGCCCGAACCCAGGUACAGGAAUUUAGAAUUUCCCCAAAAUUAGAAGAAAAGUGGUUGCAGGGGAUGUUUUACUACUGAUCAAAAUCUCUGUGAGUACUUUAGUUGAUAUCAGUCAUAGCAAAGCUUGUGAUGUCCUCCUAUCCUUUCAGCAUUGAACAAUUAUUUUUACUAAUUUACACUGCCACCUCACCUGGUCCUCAGUCAGAACAGAGCGCGAGUGCGUGUGCGCACACCCGCGUGUGUGACCUGCGCGAUCUGGAUGAAGAGAGAGGGGGUGAGAGAGGGCAGGCGGGGACUGCAACCUCAGUUCACAGACGGCCGAGACCCUCGUUCCCGGACCUUUGCACAGGUGAAGGAACUAAGCCUUUGCAGGAUGGGAGACCAGGGUGGCAGGAAGGACUGGUCCAAAGCGCCACGAUCCUUGACGGGCACAGCCAGAAGCUCCACCUGGCCGAGAACGCCGAGCCUGAGGAGCAGUCUGCUGCGUAGGUGUCCCACGCAGGCCCACACUGCCCCUCUCAUUCUCUUCAAACUGUGACUUUUUACGGACUCGGGCGGAUGUUCCGCGGCCCCCCAGGUGCUAUGCGGGAGGGGGGCGUUGGAUGGAAUUAAACCGGAAAGAAAGCAA